AUGUACAGAUUGGCUUUUGCAUCCUUGUUUGCACUUGCGGCAUGUGCGCCGCAGAGGGGAGGAGGCAGACAAAAAGCUACCGCUCAGCAACAGGCUGCUCAGAUCCCGCAAGGCGUCUCGCAAGCUACUGAUGGGUCUAUGAUCUUGGAUGCUACCGUCAACGUCAACCAGCUGCCUAUCAGAUUCAAGAUUGCGGCGCCGGCGGAUCAAUUCACGGCUGCGAGCGGUGUUCCUGGUGCGACGGCUGCGAGCGGUGCGAAUGGGACCAUGGGUGCGAACGUCCUCCUCCACGGCGACGGCGGCCAAUCCUUCUUCGACUUCCCGAACCAAAACAUCCAAGCCAACACCAUGGGCGUGGCCCUCCUUGCCCCCGACCCAAACCUCUUCUGGGGCGGCGGCUCCGGCCUCGACCGCACUGACGGCGUCGCCCACGCCCAAGCCGUGUCCGACUUCGUCACCACCAUGAUGCCUCAACUCGUCGCCUUUGACGCAAACCAGGUCAAAUUCACCGGCGUGAGUGGUGGAAGCUUGCUCAUGAGCGGCUUCUUCAUCCCAGCGCAAAUGCAGAAUUUCGCAAACAGCGCCGUGGAGUUGAAUUGCGGUGCAAUGCCGCCGCAGGUUGACUUCGCAAAUGCCAACGCCGUGAUGAGCACGCUGAGGAUCCACUACCAGAGCACCCAGAGCGAGCUGCAGCUCCUGCAGGACGCCAUCCCCCAGGCUAUCACUACCUACGAACAGUUGAGCGCCGACGCUGGGCUUACUGCGGACCAGAUCAAUGCGCUCCAGACCGUGGACAACACGCCUGAAGGUGGACAUUGCGAGUUCGAUGGGCAGGACUUUGUCAGCGGCGUGCAGACUAUGCUGACGAGUUACUCGAAUGUGGUCCAGGGCGGCGAUGGCGUCGUUGCGGGAUUGGGCGCGCCGAGCGAUGGAAAUGUUCUGACCGGUGUGGUCGGAAAUGAGAAUCUCCAGUUCGUUGGUGGACAGAAGAGGAGUGUGGACGCAGAGGAUAUGGUGGUGAAGCGGUGGGUGGAGAAGUUGGGCCCGACAAAACCGAAGCAGAGGAAGAGACAGGAUGUGGUUGUUGAGGAGGAGGGCGUGGCUAUGUUGGCUUGUGAUCGCAUGACUUGCAAUUAA